GGAAAGCUAUUGUCUCAUUUUAACAUUAUUCCUUUAAAUAUGAAUCAAAGUGUCUCUUAAUAGAACGUUGACCAGUGCUUGAUUUCCCAUAACAAUCUGAUGUGGUGAUUUUGUGCUGCAAGCACUGAAGCCUUUUGCAAAUACCACCUUUUCAUUCACUGGCAUAAAUUUCACAGAAGGAAUAUCUGGGGGGGAAAUUUGAAGCCAGCCUUUUGCAAACUUGGAUCCAAAGCCCAGCCUGGAGCCUCCAAUUAGAUUUCUGCACUUCACAAGGGGUGGCCUUCCUUCUGGGAGUACUGGGUGUGACCCCCUUUCUUCUGGGGACAGAAGGGAGCUCAGCAGCAUGGAGAUUGAACUGAGGUGUCCCAUCAUGUGUGCAGGUAGCUAAUUUUUAACCAAGAGAUUGUAUGUCUCCAUGCUCUGUAAUGGAAUACUAUCUUACAUGCUACAGCAUUCUGGAAAAUUCAGUUCUUGUUAGUCAACAGUCAUCAGCAUGUCCACACAUAUGUCUUUUCUUUUCUUUUCUUUUCUUUUCUUUUCUUUUCUUUUCUUUUCUUUUCUUUUCUUUUCUUUUCUUUUCUUUUCUUUUCUUUUCUUUUCUUUUCUUUUCUUUUCUUUUCUUUUCUUUUCUUUUCUUUUCUUUUCUUUUCUUUUCUUUUCUUUCUGACAGUAGCUACUGAGUAGACCUGGACAAUGAUAACUUUAACAGUUAUCAUUGCUAUUUCAAGUGACAUCUCAACACUGAUCAAAAGUUCCUCUGCCAGCUCAGCCUAUUGCUUUUCUAAAUAUAUCCAUGUCAUUAAUUGCAGGUAUUUGCUGGUGGAGACUGUUCCCAGCUCGUCUUCAUGUUGCCCAUUUUAUUCUCUGCAUUUAUCCUGUCUGCUUGCUGCAUAGCCAAAGGGAACUGCAUCUCCUAUGAUGAGCUGAGAGAGCUGAAGACUGAAUUUGCCAUCAGUCUCUACCGGCAGGUGUCUGAAGCAGAGAACAGGACCAAUCUGGUAGUGUCUCCAGCAAGUGUGGCUGUUUCUUUGGAGCUGCUGCAGUUUGGAGCUCAAGGAAAUACCUUUAUGGAGCUGCAAGAUGCCCUAGGAUACAGCAUUCAUGAUCAAAGCGUGCAGGAUUUCAUGCACACAGUGGAUGAAGCAGAGACUGACUCCAGCCAGGGCACAGUGGUCCAGCUGGGAUGUUCCCUCCUUGUGGACUCGGGCGUGCAGCUCUCGCCCGACUUCGCCGAGCGCGCCGCGCGCUGGGCCAACAGCAGCCUGCUCCAAACCAACCUCACCGACCCCAACACCACCCACACACAGGAAUGGAUCACCACUGACCUCACAGAUGGGGAUAUGCAUGGGAUGACACCGGAGAGUGCUGGGUCAUCACUCAGCCAGGUCACCCUGGUGAGCACCCUGCACUUCAGAAGCACGUGGCAAAAAAAGUUUUCCUUCAUGGAUUCCCAGAUGUUGCCUUUUACGACGCCAGAGGGCUCGACCCUGAAAGUGCCUACCAUGCACCACACAGCUGAAGUUAACUAUGGCCAGUUCCAGACUGCAGCUCUGGAGGCUUUCAGCGUGGUCGAGUUACCCUACCUGGGGGAGAAACUCAGCAUGUUCCUAGUGCUUCCCAGCCACAAAAGAACACCUUUGUCCCAGAUUGAGUCUCACCUUUCUGCCAAAACCAUAACCCUCUGGGCCAACAGCUUGAAGAGAACAAAGAUGGACAUUUUUCUGCCUAGGUUCAGUAUUCAAAGCCUUUUUGACCUGAAGACAGUUCUUUCUGCCAUGGGAAUUAGAGAUGCAUUUGAUCCCAUCACUGCUAAUUUUAAAGGCAUUUCAGAGCAAGAUAGUCUUUAUAUUUCAGAAGCUAUUCACAAAGCAGAGAUUGAAGUAACAGAAGAUGGUACAAAGGCAUCGGGAGCUACAGCAAUGGUCUUACUGAAAAGAUCUCGAACACCUAUUUUCAAAGCAGACCGACCUUUCACAUUUUUCCUGAGACAAGCUAAUACAGGUUCAGUACUUUUUAUAGGAAGAGUUACAAAUCCAUCAUAAGCACUAAAUGCAUAUAACUGACUUCUGCUCCUCUGAUGAGCUGUCCUCCAAUGAAAUUAAAGGCUACAUUGUAUGUAUUUAUUAAACAGUUUUAAGCAUAUCAAGAAUCAUCACUGCCUUAUUACAUUGUAGACACUGUUGAAACUUUGAGUCUAGGAAUCAUCAGCACCAAAACUACAGCAAAGACAGUAUCCAAAUAAACAUUUGCAAAAAAAAAAGGAACAGGUUUAGCUUCCUAAAUGUUUAACAAUAUGAGCCAACAGCUUCUCUUUAUCAUGGCUAAAGUCAGCUUGACUGUUGCUGAGUAUAGGUGAUUUGAAUGAAAAUAACUCACAAGAAAGCUUUGUGAUGUUAUUUUUCAAGUACAAUUUCAUUUCCCUGUCCUGAAGUCCAAAGCUUAAGAAUAAAACUGAAAUUCAGUCUGACCUCAGACAGUUAUAGCCCAGCUGAUAUAGAAGGUAACAAGCAAGCAGCGAAAUGCUGUGAAAAGAAAAUCAAGUUGAAAGGCUGUUUCAAAACUGACACAGAAUCAAGAAAUCAUUAUGGUUGGAAAAUAACUCUUAGAUCAUAGAGUCCAACCAUUAACCCAGCACUGCCAUGUCCCCCACUAAACCAAGUCCCUAAACACCACACCUACAUACUUUUUGAACACUUCCAGGGAUGGCGAUUCUACCAUGAGCCAGGACAGCCUGCUCCAGACCGAGCAGGUAAGAAGCAGAACACCCACUCAGUGACAAAACAAAUACUGCCAAAAAAGGCAGCAGCACUACCUCUACUGCCUUUGCAGCGUACUCAACACAGAACAGACAUUCCAGAAGAACACUGAAUGGGACUAUGGGCAUCAUUAAAAAAGGGGGGUGGUUUUCAGCAUCCUGACAAAAGAUGGGAUAUGGCAAGUGUUCAGUAACUCAUGGCACAAGCAUCAGAAACCCAGGCCCAUAAAGAUUUUGGGUGGAGACAGGAAACCACUGACUCCCAAGAAAAGUAUAAGAGAGGACUGUUUUAUUCAGCUCCCUCUGAAUCAAACAAAGCCUUGCAGAUAACCCAGAGCAUCCAGCACAGUUGAAAGAUGUGGCCAGUAAAGCAAUCAAUGAUAUUUUGUUUCCAGGCAGCAGCAUACCGUGGCUGUUCCCACACUUGUAAACCUGUAAAAUCUUCUGACACAGAAAGCCUCUGUGCAGCCUUCCUCAGAGGCUACUGACCCCUGCUUUACUGCACUGUAUCCCUCAAUAAAACUGCAGGGUUUGUCAUGGCUACAGAUGUGCUUACAAAACAUCACUUUGUUAUGCUGGCCACCAAAAGUGCAAAGUACACAAGAUAUCCUACUGUAGCUGCACUUCAGCAUAAGCUCUCUUUCACUCAUUCUAAUUAAGAGCAGAAUAUCCAGUGAUACAAAACCAUUCUUCAUUCUUUAACACUGAUACCAGAACACAGAAGCUCUGGAGAGGGAAGGCAAAACAAAUAAUUUUGAUAGUAACUGUAAUCAAACCUACAGAAAGAUUAAAAUAGAGAUUUUAUUGAUGGAAUAACAAAAGUGCUUUUCUUAAAUAUUUUUCAAAAUACAUUUAUACAACUUACAAUAAUAUAUCCAAAAUAACUGUAUAUACAAAACAUUACCUUGUUUAAUGUAUGUGCUUUUUUUUGAAAAUUACAAAGCAACUUUUUGGCAAAGUUCAACCUUAAGAGGUGAUA